GUAGGCCGACUCCAUGUUACCAUAGUAACAGCAUAGCCGCAGCUCAUCUGUUGGUUGUCCGCAGUAGCUGUGGAAAAACUGCGUUAAAGUGGUUGCUGGGUCAUUUUUAAGCGCCGCGGAGCUGCAGGGAGCAUCUCAGGACCGGGCAGCAGGUUCUGAAGGACUCACGAUGUCUAAUGAUCUCGCUGGAGUGUGGGAGGUGGCGCUGAGUGAUGGAGUCCACAGAAUCGAGUUUGAACACGGGACCACCACCGGAAAGAGGGUCAUCUACGUGGAUGGAAAGGAGGUCCUGAGACGGGACUGGAUGUUCAAACUGGUGGGGAAGGAAACUUUCAGCGUGGGGAGUUCAGACACCAAAGCCACCAUCAAUAUAGAUGCAGUCAGUGGCUUUGCCUAUGAAUACACCCUGGAGAUCAACGGGAAGAGCCUGAAGAAGUACAUGGAGAACAGGUCAAAGGUCACCAGCACCUGGUUGCUCAACUUAGAUGGCAUUGACUGCAGAGUGGUCCUGGAGAAAGACACCAUGGAUGUGUGGUGUAACGGACAGAAGAUUGAGACUGCAGGUGAGUUCGUGGACGACGGCACAGAGACGCACUUCACACUCGGAGACCACAACUGCUGCGUGAAAGCUGUGAGCAGCGGGAAGAGACGAGACGGGAUCAUUCACACGCUGCUCGUGGACGGCACGGAGGUCGCUGAAUGCACAGAGUGAGCGUGACUGCGCCUGGAUGAAAGCAGAGAUCCGCUUUUGUAUCUGUGACACUGAGUGAGGGCGCGAGGUGAUUUAAAGCUGAUAAAGUCAGGGACCAACUGAGAGAAACAGUGCAUUGCUGGCUGUAGUGUGCGGGGUAUGUUAGCCAUAUAUAUACUGCUGAAAGCUGUCCUGUAAAUAGCAUAGCUGAAGACAGAAGCUAAGUUUGAGCAGUUUUAGAAGACCGAGGGCAGCUACUAAUGCCAGAAACAAGCAUUUACUGUCUCCAAAUGUUCACACUGGAUAUUUGAUGUAUACACUGGUCUUUAUAAUCAUAUGAACACUAAUAAUCUCAGUAAUAUCAUCAACAUGGGAGUCCAGAUGUGCCACAUUAUUCUCUCUCAGCCAGAGUUUUAACACGAGCAGCUGCUUUUGAAGAAGUACUGUAUCACACAGCCAAAUGUUACCAGUGAGCUGUCCCAGUAAACCCUCACCUCAUUCUCUCUUACCUUUGUGCUAGCUUUCUUGUAUUUUCAAAUGUUUGGGAGUUGGAGGUUCAACAACAGGGUACAGCUUUAUUCCUUGAAUGUAGCACUGGACUUAUUCCUGUUCUGGUGUUGGCCUGUUACAUGCUUUGCGUUUUCAUUGGUUAAUUCUAUCGAUAUCAAGUGAUUAGCUUCCAACGGCCUGCUGUUGAUGUGUCAGAAUAUUUACAGGGUGCAUUGUCCUCAGUUUUCACGUAGGUAUAAAUCACUUACACAGCUGCAAUGGAUCACUCGCUGAUGUCCAAACAUACUUUAAAGACUUUCUGUUGUCUUUAGAAAGAUCUGUGACUGUGUUGUGCUGUCAAUUCAUGCGGUACUAUCAUAAAGUGUAUAUAAAAGAUGGACAAAGCCACUGUAAUGUCGCCCACAUUUGUCAAAGCCACAUUUUUGGACCCUUCAGCUGUCCACUGUGACCCUCUUAAGUUUUUUUUAAAACCAGAUGUCACAGAAGCGGGGUCGUUCUGUUAUUGCCCCCAUUAUCGUCUUUCUGAACACUAACAGUAAGCACAACUUAAAAAAACAAAACAUGUUGUAUUAGAUAUGAUGUAAAUGUAGUGAUUGAUACCACUGAUAAAUUAAUUAAGUGUUUACUGAGGUCACAGCUCAAAUGACAGAGGGCUCCUUUUCCACUGGGAUCUGUUGAGUUUUCUUUUCCUGCUACUAACCUGCUACUAUUUGACCACUAAUCGUGCCCAAGGACAGAAGUCGCCCUCUGCUGGCUAUUAGAAAGAAUGCAGGUUAAGGCAUUGGCUUCAUUUUACCAGUGUGGAAGCUAUGUCCAUCUUAUACAUGCAGUCUAUGGAUAAUGCAGAAUUUGAGCUAAACAUUUUUAUAAAAUCAUGGUUAUUAAAGAUUGAAGAUUUCUCCAAUGUAUGUGAAAUAAAUGUUUGGUAAGAGAGGUUCACUAAGGCUGUACUCACACUAAGAAAGCUGUGUCAUGCCCGAGUAUGUUUGUUCCCCAUUUUCCAGUUUGUUUGACCAGACUGCUGCAUGCUCCACCCCGGCAGGGUUACAUGAACUGCCCCAGUCCAGGUUCAGUGGGACUCAACAUGUGCGUGUUAUUUGACCACUAAUCGUGCCCAAAUACUUACAUGUAACUCCGGCAGUUGUUCAAUGACAGCUGCCUAUGAGAAAAUCACUGUGUUCAGCACUUCACAAAUCUAUAAGGCAUAUGAGAGGAUGAAGUGUCACGACUUUAAAAUGAAACUAGAUGCAUAAAACCAUGAACGUCACUGUAGACACAAACUGAUGCACACUCUGAGCCCAGACUGUUAAGAGUGAAUGCAGGCGAUCAGUGGAGUGGUGACGAGGCAACAGCCAUGAUGUGUGUGAGUGCAUCCUCACUAUUAGAAAUUGCUCAAACACUGAGCCAAUCCAAACUGGGUUUAGGCAUUAAAGAAAGUACUGUUGAUAUUUAGAAAGAGAGUGCGGUUACAAGAUGGCAUGUAGGAGAUUUUGAACUGAGAUUUUUGACCCUGCUGCAUAUAUUUCUAUGAGUUCCUUUUUCUAGGUGCAAAACAUGCAGAGAAUUCUUAAAGCUCACAAAUUGAUUUACUAAUGUUUGCAACACAAUUUAUUGCUAAUCGUGAUGAUAUUUAAUGCAGAAUAAAACAUGAAAAUGUUUCCAACUGUUA